AUGACAAGUACGUCAGACCUAAAAGAGCAAUAUGAACAAGCAAAUAAGAUGAAAAUUGCCACAUUACCAGAACAAAUUACACCAAUAUCUGAAGAAAUAAAAGAAAAAAUAAAGAAAAUGUUUGCAAGAGAAAAAAGAACAAGAGGAUUAAAAUAUAUGAUGCAUGGGAAUGACAAUCUUCUUCGAUUAAAAGAAGAAUUAUUUGAAGGAUAUAAUCUUGUUGAUUCAAAACAAAAAGAAAACAAAACAAUAAAAACACAAAUAACACAUGAUGAUAGUUAUUAUAUUAUUAUGCCAUCUGUUUCUGCUCCUUUAAAUCUUGAUAACAUUCAACAAUUCAUUAAACAAACAAAAUAUAUUAAAAGUUCAUUAUGUGAUACAGUAAAUGGUGUUGUUGAUAUUACAUAUCAAGGAGUUGUAUAUCAUUUUAUUAAUAAACCAACAAAUGAUAUUCCAAAAGACAGAAUUGUUGCAGUAUUUUUAAUUGAUGAAGAUUGGCAAUUUGAAGAUUUACCAUUUAAAACACCAGAAGAAUGUACAAGUAAAUGUUGUUGUUUUUAUGUUUCAUUAAAUCAUCAACAACUUCCAAUGAAAGUAUGGUUAAGACAUGCACAAAUACUUCAUGUUUGUUUAAUUUAUAAACAAAUUUUCUUUUAA